UCGUGUGGCCGUUCUCGGUCCUUCUCUCUGGUUCGACACAACAAUCGGUCUAUCUUUUUGUAGAUUAUUAUUUACAUACUUUUCCGACAACGAUUUUUAAUCUCGAACGAUGUUCGAAUGGGCAUACGAUGGUGUAAAUACCUCAAUACCGCGCAACGUCGGUCCGGAAUGUGCGAAUUACUUGUCAAUAAAGCGAAGGAUAAUUGAAACCCUGCUGAUAUCGGUGUUCGUCACGUCAUGCAUCUUGUGGGGUCUGAAGAGAGUGACAUUGCCGAAAAAUCUGACCUUCGUCGGUCAUGGUCACGACCGCGUGGGCAGGCGAGUCUUGUUAAUCGCGAUGUCACUGGUCCUGGGUAUGGAGAUCGGUUUUAAAUUCACCAGCAGGACUGUCAUUUAUCUUUUAAAUCCAUGUCACAUUACAACCGCAUUGCAAUUGUAUUUACUAGCUGCGGAUCCUAGUCCAACUGUUACUGCUAUCUUUAGGAUACAUUUAAAUCUGCUGAAUGGACCAGUAUUAGCUUAUCUAUUUCCAGAAACAGAAUCUCGAAUUAUAUUUGCGGACAGGGCGAUGUAUUAUAUUCAGCACGGUUUAAUGUUAGUAAUACCAUACUACUUGUUGAGGAUUGGAGGUGUAUAUAAUAUAGAACCAUUGUCUGACAUGAGCUGGUCGGUUCUGAGUUAUGGCCUCAAUGCAGGAUAUCACUUUUGGAUUCUUCAGUGUGUUGCCUUGCCUAUACAAGUGAAUCUUAGUCACAUGUUGUGCGCAGCUGUGCUGGAUCCCUUUGAAGGUCAAAAUUAUCGAAUAUGGGCAACCAUCCACCAAGCGAUAUUGUGCCCCUUUUUGUGCAAACUGUUCUGUUACGGAUCCAACUUCUUCUUAACCAAGUUCCCGCUAACUAGGGUUAAGCCGGCGCUAGAAUGCACAAUUCCAAAAAAGAAAUGUACAUACGAGCAAAGCGAGAGGUCGCACGAAGGUUCCAACACCUCGGGAAACGGCCAUACACAUUUUGACUAAUCCGGUAGAGAAAACCAUAAUGUCAAAUGUAUAUUUGAUUUUAUUACGUGAGUAUAUGAUAUCUAUACAUUCUUUUCUGAAAACUUGAGCAUUUAUAAUGGUAUCUGUUAUACGUUAUAUCUUUGUGAACACAAAAAAGGGGACAAUAGGAACUAAACUUCUUAACAAGUUUUAUAACUAAUCGUACACAAUUGAUACAUGAAUAAUGAUAAACACGAUUUACGAAUCGUUUUAUCUGAACAAAACUUACGCGCUCACAGACACAAUAAAUAUCAAAGAGAGACAACUUGGUGCAAUUUUACAAUUGUGCCGGUUUUAAUUUUAUUAGUCCACGACAUCGAUCGUGAGAAAUAGUCUAUUUGAAAUAUAAAUUUCUAUUCAAAAGCUUGUUAUAUGGCGCUGUGCAUAGAAUUAAGAAACUCAUGAUAGUGUGUGAGGCUUAAGCUGACGUCCACUAAAAACAAUGGCUGAUUACUUACAGUCAUAACUAACUUGCGUUACCUCUUAUACUAGUUAACAACAAUCGCGUUAGAGACAAACAGUACACAUUAUGCAUUCUUAUGAUUCUUUUCUAUUCUUAUACAGAAGAAAUGAAGAUAUUCAAAUGACGAAACUGCAAUGUAUAUAACUAGAAAUUAAUUAGAUACCGCUCUCUGUUUGCAAAACUGAUGACAUGUAUGAAAAUAUUUGUACGUGACUUUUUUUGUUAUACGAAUUUUUAGACUUCAUUUUUUAAUUUAAGGAACUUAGAGAAUUUAUUUUGUAUAUCUUUAAUAUCUCGAUAGAUAUUUUGAUUUUUCAAAAAGUCAUAUUUAAAAUCUCAGGUUUCAUACGUAUAAACAAACUUUUAUACGUUAGUCAGUUUUGUGAACAUUGUCACGGAUUAUAAGAUAUAUAACGGCCUAUGUUUAUUACUCAUAAAAUUAAUAAAGAUAAAGGUCUAUAUUUUCAUUAAGCUGCCAUUAGAAAAAGACUCGUGUUUCUCGUUAAAACAAUCUAAUACGUAGAAGCGAUUGAUAUUACUCAUACCAAUGAUAAUAAUUAUAAAACCGACAUCCGCAGUUAUUUAUUUAUAAUCACGGAUGUCUAUCUCUUGGAAUAAACACGCGACUACUCUCUCUAAAAUGUUGAAAUAAAUACAUCAAUUUUCAAUCUUAAAUAAUUUAAAUAUAUUAAAUUAUAUUAAGCACAUAUAUUCACAAAUUGGAUAAUCCUGAUUUUUUUGCGGGAGAUUGGUUCAGUGCUUUUGCAUCAGAAGUAUGAAAAAAAUUGUCUUUGACACGAUAUCACAAGAAAUGCUAUUGCUACACCUAUACACGGUGUUGUUUUUAUUCAACUGGCCUAAAAUAAUAAGUUUUUGACACAACAAAAACAAACAAAAAACUGUUUUAUAUUCCAAAAAAAAGAUCAACGCUUAGAUUAACGUGAUUCAUUGUAGUGUUACACAAUGUGCAUUUUGUAAAAUAGAAACUUUAAGUGCAUAUAGAAAACUAAUAUUAUAUCAUCCAAGAUAAUGAAUUUUCCAUUUGGUAGCUACAAACUAGUCAAGCAAGGAGUUUUUUACUACUGACAAUGUGAUUGAAAGUGUGCUUACGUAUGUGUAUGUGUGUACCUGGAAUGAUAUACAGAAUAGAAUAUGUUCUGCAACUUCACUAAAAAAUUAAUAAACAGCUGAUCGCUCUCUCCUCGUUUUACUAUCAUAAAAAAAGAAAUAGAAUAAUGGUGAUAUUUCUUCCGUUUUUUAUUUUGUGUGAUAAGUGUAUAUAUAAAC